CCUAAUUGAUUUUUGGGCCCCCGAUUAAUCUUCGCACAUCCACAAGAAUUAUAUUUUGUCCACUGUGCGCCGAUUGCUAUACUCUUUUGUACCACCACCGUGAGUUAUUAUAUAUUAGAUCCUAAACAAGAUUCGCUUCAUCAGAGAUUAAGAAUUCAUACGAGUACUACAUACAUCCGCAUCUCAAAUGGGUGAAUGCAACCAUAAUCAUCUGAAUAAUUUUAUGUUCCUCCUUCCUCUGAUCAUUAUAAUCUCUUUGUUUUUCUCUCCUUCCGACAGUAUCAGUAGCACGGCAGGAAAAAAACUCCACAAGCUUGUAGAUUCAAUCUGCAAUCAAACCCCAAAUCAUAAAUUCUGUGUCGACGCUAUAUACACCGAUCCUCGUGCUUCAGAAGCUGAUAUAAUUCUGCUCGCUUAUAUCUCUUUCGGUUUAGCAUACACCAACGCCACAAACACCCUAUCUUUCAUCACCGAUCAUCACUUGUUAGUUGAUAAUCAAAAGAAUGGGUCUUUAGCAGAGGGCCUAAAACAGUGUAGCCUUGAUUACGAAAAGGCUGUGGCCGCGCUUGAAGUAGCCCUCAACGAUUUGGACUCAGAGACUUAUGAUCUUGAAGAGUCCGCUGGUGUUCUUGCUCAGUCCGCGGUGCAUUGUGAACAUAGCUUGAAGCCAACUAUGACGAUUUCUUCAUCAUUGCAUUCCCAAUUGACUAGGAGGAAUAGAGAUUUGAAACUAUUGGGUGGAAUUUGUUCUGUGAUCUCAUCAAGGCUCUUUAAUUAAUAAAAUGACUUACAUGUUAGUUAUCUGGUUAUUAUCUUAGCCGAUUCAAGUGUUUAUUUGACAGUUCUUGUAUAUUGAAUUAUUACUUUUGUUUGUUAAUGAAUUUUUUCUUCUCUU